CAAAGAUAUCUGCUCAUGGUAGACUUUCAAUGAUCCAGGUACCCAUAGCGCAGCUGUGCGGUAUUGAGGAGAUGGUCGCCGUGGUAAUGUGAUGCAUAAAGGUCGCCGUGUAGACACUCAAAGCCGACUAGCAAGACCUCCGCAAUGGGCAUACAAGGCCUUCUGCCGUUGCUCAAGAGCAUACACAAGCCAACACACCUUCGCAACUUCGCCGGGCAGACUCUUGGGGUAGACGCAUAUGGUUGGCUUCACCGAGGUACCAUCUCCUGCGCAAUUGAGCUGGCCCAGCAGAAGCCGACCCGCAAACACAUUGACUUCGUACUAAACCGUGUACGCAUGCUGAUACACUUUGGUGUCUCACCCUACCUGGUCUUUGAUGGCGACUAUCUACCGAGUAAAGCGCACACGGAGAAGGAGCGGGCGGCGAGACGGAAGGAAGCCAAGCGGGUAGGCCUGGAGCUGCUCCGCGUAGGGAAGCCUGCACAGGCGUACCAGGAGCUGCAGAAAGCCAUCGAUGUCACGCCGCUUAUGGCCCGAGAGUUGAUCGAAGAGCUGAAGCCGCUGGGUGUGUCUUACGUCGUCGCGCCAUAUGAAGCCGACAGUCAGCUUGCCUACCUUGAGAAGCAAGGCAUCAUCUCUGGCAUCGUUAGCGAGGACUCGGAUCUGCUGGUGUUCGGCGCUAAAUGCCUCCUCACCAAGCUCGACCAGUACGGUGAAUGCGUCAUGAUCCGCCGUCAAGAUUUCACUUCCUGCCGAGAGGUCAGUCUGGUGGGCUGGACGGACAGGGAGUUCCGUAUGAUGUCCAUGCUUAGCGGUUGUGACUACCUGCCAGGUAUUGAGGGUCUGGGCGUGAAGACGGCCUACCGGCUCGUGCGCAAGCACAAGGCAAUCGAGCCGGCUGUGAGGAUGCUGCAAUUUGAUGGCAAGAAGAAGGUGCCGCCGGGCUACUUGGAGGCCUUUUCGAGGGCCGAGCGGACUUUCUUAUAUCAGUGGGUCUUCUGCCCGGAAGCACAGCGUCUUGUUAACCUCAACGCACCUCCAGCGGAGCUGGAUGUUGCAGGCAUGCCCUACAUAGGCCAGUGCGUGGAGCCAGAGGUGGCGCAAGCGGUUGCUGCUGGCGAGGUCGACCCAAACACAAAGGAGCGACUGCACCUGCCUUCCAGACCGCACUUCCCGUCUUCACGAUCAAAGGUGGCAGAGACCAAUGAGAAGCCCGGCGUGCCAAUUACCGACUUCUUCAAGCCUACUGCGCAGGCAAAGACAGUGGAGACGCCGAGUGAGAAGCCCGGGAAGGGCAUCACCAAUUUCUUCAAGCCAACACGCACACCUCUCGCAGAGCUUGAUCCGAACUCGUUCACGCCGUCUCCAAGUCAGCAACGAUUGCUUGCAGCGCAGCACACAGCCUCUUGGUCUGCAUCGCAAGCCUCCGCUGCUCGCCUGCCCGUCGUUGACCGUAUCAGUGGGCGAAGUGUACCGUCCUCGGCACCGCAACCGAGCCGCCGAACGGCCAGUGCACCUCUGCCUGCGGCCUUGCGGCACUCGCCUAAGAGGCAACGUCUGUGUUCAGACAAUAUGUUCGCUGCGGCCAUGGAUGGCACUGUCGGCUUGCCGUCCGCUACUAGUCGGUUUUUCUCGAAGCACGGCAUGCAGCCGAGCCCGUCGUCGCGCAAAGCCUCCCGCCAGCGCAAGCACGAAGAGUUCGAGCUGUGGUCUGACGACUCUGCCGCAGAAGCUGUCGCUGCCAUGACUGACUCGCAGGAAGCAACGGAGGCAGUGAAGACGUCAUCUCCGAAGAAACGCAAGAAGCUCGCCGUCUAUACGGACCAUGACCAAGGCGAACCAGACCAGGUGGCUACUAGGCAUGCUGUCGCGACUCAAGCCGAGCUCACUGUAUCCAGCAAGGGCGUCAAUACGGCUUUUAGCGAGUACAGGACGAAGUGGGCGUUCAAGGCGGAUGGAUCGCCAAGCACCCCAGUGCAUAGAGCAUGCGCAGCUCAACAACGACCGCCUACACUGAUUGGCAGCGAAACGAUCGCUUGCGCGGCACCGCCGCUCCAGACACCAUCACAAUACGGCGAACCAGACACAAACUCACCAUUACCGGAGACGCUUGUUGCUGGAUCGUCGCCUGUCACAGGCCCUAUACCGUGCCAUGACGAGGACGAAAUACCGGACGAGGAGUGGCUUGCGAUGGAGAAGCGUUCAGCUGUACCAUUGCCUCGCGCACAGUGUCCGGGUAGCGAAGACUUGCUGGUGCCCAACAGUCCCAGCAGUGGCAGCGACGAUGGCAGAUGCAGGCCGAAGCUGGAUAUUGGACGUUUUGCAUUCACCGCAUGAGUAUCACACAGGUCGGCUUUAGCAAGUUUUGUUGUGGAAGUGUACGAUCGACGAAGCUGAGUGCUUGUUUCGUACCGCAGCAUGCCAUGAAGACUAUGUUUUUGGGAGGCUUAUGCUAAUGUCACCGCGUUGUCCUUCCUAACCAAAACUUCUACCCUAGGCAGUACAAACACCUCAGCGCUUCCAUGACCUACAAUGUUCGGCGCUAUUGUCUUGUAUUCAUGUUGCCCAGACUUAUUCCGUGCGGCUGCACGGCCUCUAUUGACCGCCUGCGCCACCAAAUCCACACGCAUCAGCUUCAGCUCGGAUGU